GAUAUGAGUAAGGAAAAUUUUAUAGGGUUAUAGUUUAUCUGGACUGUAUUAUUUUAUAGUUGUGACAUAUCUAAUCCAUGUUUAGAGUGUAAUGCAUAAAUGAAAUGGUCAUUUUUUUGGAGGUUAACAGUUUUAAGAUUAAGAAUAAACCAUUGUUAAAGUAGUCUACAGCUAAAGGAUUGGAAGUAACAUUAACGUUAUCAAAUAAAAAUAAACUAAUAUUAUUAAAUGGCUAAACAUUUUUCUUAAAUAAUGUUGAGAAUCUAAUUGUUAUUUUUGCCAUAAUGUUAGAUAAUUUAGAAAUUAAAAAAAACAAGAAAAAGAAGUCAUAUUAAUAAAUAUCCAAAAUAAUAUUGUUUAAUGAAGAAAGUUGUAAAGGAAGCUGAAAGAAUAUCUUCUAAAAUAUCAUCUCCAAUGAUUGUUGAUUUAUAUGAGUCUCAAGGAUCUGGUAUAUUCGCUUAUUUAAAAAAUUCUUUCAAAACAAAAUUAGCAUUGAAUCAAACAGAAUAAUGUUUUAUUGAUAUUAGAAAUUUAAAUUCAUUAGAUUUUAAAAGAAGCUAGUUUCCAUUAUUUGCAAAAAAUAGAUAUUUUGAAUUUUUAGAAGCUUACAAUAGAAAGGAUAAGGUAGAUUUGAUAAGAUUAUUAUCUGUACCAUUAUUAGAUGUAUUGUGAUGUUUGAAUACUAGAUUGUUAAAGUAAGUCUCAAAGAUAAUAAGGCUCUGCCAUUUAAAUUAUAUAAAGAAUUGA